GACGGAGUGGAUUGCGGCAGUCCUCGACAGCGGAAAGAGCCGCAAAUAAGGAUUUUUUAAAUCGAGCUGUAUCGACUCACAACUGCCGCUUUUUGUUUGUUUCUCCUCCUUCUUUCUGGAAUUCGAUAAACGGAACUUUUUUGGUUUUCCUGGAGUUUUGGAGAGUCGUCUUUCAGAUAUGGACAGUCUGCGACCCGCUGCAGGGAGCGACUGGCCGGUGAUCAGUCAGUAGACACAGACUGCCUCUACACUGGAAACUCACCGUCUGGGACUUAAUUCUGGAUAUUUCAUGAAGCGCUUCGCAUUUUUGUUCAGUUCUGGGACACAGUGGAUUUACCAGCUCCAGGAACGGAUUGAUACUCGUGAUUCCCGGUCGACGACAAGAGAGCUUUUCGCUUCUAAAGUUGCAGGAAAAACAUGGAGACUGUAAGUCGGCAGAGCUUCCAGCCUCAUCCGGGACUGCAACAAACUCUCAAGCAGUUUCACCUCAGCUCUAUGAGCUCUCUGGGCGGACCGGCGGCUUUCUCUGCCCGGUGGCAACAUGAGCUCCUCUUUAAGAAGGACGGAAAGGAGCCAGAGCCGGUUCUGCAGCAUCUCCCGCCGCCUGUGAUGCCGGGCCCGCUCUUCAUCCCGUCCGAUCGCUCCACGGAGAGGUGUGAGACGGUCCUGGAGAGUGAGACCAUCUCAUGCUUCGUGGUCGGCGGGGAGAAGCGACUGUGUCUCCCGCAGAUUCUGAACACGGUGCUGCGGGACUUCACCCUGCAGCAGAUCAACUCGGUGUGCGACGAGCUGCACAUCUACUGCUCCCGGUGCACGGCGGACCAGCUGGAGAUCCUUAAAGUCAUGGGGAUCCUGCCCUUCUCCGCGCCGUCCUGCGGCCUCAUCACCAAGACGGACGCCGAGCGGCUGUGCAACGCCCUCAUCUACGGAGGCGCCUACCCGCCCCGCUGCAAGAAGGAGCUGAGCGGAGGAUCGCUGGAGCUGGAGCUCACCGAGAGGAGCUUCAAAAUCUACCACGAGUGUUUCGGCAAGUGUAAGGGCUUGUUCGUGCCGGAGUUGUACACCAACCCCAACGCAGCGUGCAUCCAGUGCAUGGACUGCAGACUCAUGUAUCCGACUCAUAAGUUCGUGGUGCACAGUCACAAGGCGCAGGAGAACAGGACUUGCCACUGGGGCUUCGACUCGGCUAACUGGAGGGCAUACAUCCUCCUGGGCCAGGAUUACACGGGGAAAGAGGAGAAGAGCCGUCUGGAGCUGCUGCUGGACGAGAUCAAGGAGAAAUUUGACUUCGCCAACAAGUACAAGAGGAAAGCAUCAUCCAGGCUGUCAGACCCCAUCCCAAUCAAAAAGUCCAAACAUGAAGACUUCCCAUCACAAUCCCCAUUGGCUGACAAAGAGAAGCAGCACGACUGGCUGUCCGCCUCCAAUAAGGGGCUUAACUGCAUCCAGCCUAGGCAGAGACCCUCAGCGUUCAGACCUUGGUCUCCACAUAUCUCUGCUGCUGAUAAGGAACCCUCCAGUCAUCCUCUGGCCCUGCUGAGAGACAGUUUCUACAACUACAAGAGCCUGGAGAACGCUGUGGCCCCUAAUGUGGCCCUCACACCGCUGCCCCUGGGAAAGAUGGGUCCCAUGUCCCCGUCAGUCCCCAGCACCUCCCACCCAAGCGGAGGUGAACCUCCAGGCGAGGGAGCGAACGCCAGCGCCAGGCCUCGCAAGAGGAGAGCCACAGGGGAGCUCCAGCCUCCAGCACCGGAGGGUCCCUGUCCUCCUUCCUCCACUGCCAGCAAGCCACUGCCACCCCCACCUCAGGACGACAAAGACUCUGAGGUGGAGAUCGAAGUGGAGAGCCGCGAUGAUUUCACUUCCUCCCUGUCCUCCCUGUCGUCACCAUCCUUCACCUCGUCCAGCAGCUCAGCCAAAGACCUGAGCUCGCCUGGAACCCAGGGGCCGAUCUGCACCGUCACGUCGGCAGAGGGCACCCCUCCCGCCGCUGCAGCCGCCCCCGUCACGACCCCCGUCACCCCUCCGGAGCUGGGGCUGGAGUCUGAGCUGGAGAGUCUGAGGCAGGCCCUGGACAGCGGCCUCGACUCCAAAGAGUCAAAGGAGAAGUUCCUGCAUGAGAUCGUGAAGAUGAGGGUGAAGCAGGAGGAGAAGCUGGGGUCCGCUCUGCAGGCCAAACGCAGCCUCCAGCAGGAGCUGGAGUUCUUACGGGUUGCCAAGAAGGAGAAGCUGCGAGAGGCGACCGAGGCCAAGCGUAACCUGAGAAAGGAAAUCGAACGCCUUCGAGCGGAGAGCGAAAAGAAGAUGAAAGAAGCCAACGAGUCGCGGAUCCGCCUGAAGCGGGAGCUGGAGCAGGCCAGACAGCUGAGGGUCUGCGAUAAAGGCUGCGAGGCGGGACGUCUCCGCGCCAAAUACUCGGCACAGAUCGAGGACCUCCAGAUGAAGCUGCAGCACGCCGAGGCCGACCGCGAGCAGCUCCGAGCCGACCUCCUGCUGGAGCGGGAGGCCCGGGAGCACCUGGAGAGAGUGGUAAAGGAGCUGCAGCAGCAACUUUGGCCCAAAUCCAACAGCGACAAGGAGGGGACGCCCAUGGACAUGCCAGCUGACAACUAACCCAGCAGCCCAACCUCUCCUCCGCCCCAAACUGUUCCCCCUCACCCAACCCAUCGCCACGACCGCCCCCCCUCCAUCAUCAUCAUCAUCAUCAUCAUCAUCUUCCCGGGCCGGCUACAGUGCUCUCCAUCACGUUAACCCUCCACAAAGACAAAAUAAAGACUCCCACGCUCAGAGCAGAGACGGAGAGAAGAAACCUGCGUCCUCAUCCACGCCCAUAAAAAAAGUCCAGCGAGCGGUUUCCUUGGAGACAAGACUGGCAAACGACAGUUCGAGGAUGCAACAAGGAAAUGCAUUACUAAAUCAAAAGCACUGACUAGCACCUUCCAAACUCACAGAACUGAAAACUGGAUCAGAAGAAUGAAAGAGAAACAGACGCACAGCACCAAGUGUGUGUGUGUGUGUGUGUGUGUGUGUGUGUGUGUGUGUGUGUGUGUGUGUGUGUGUGUGUGUGUGUGUGUGUGUGUGUGUGUGUGUGUGUGUGUGUGUGUGUGUGUGUCAGCGACUGUUGGACAGACGUCUGUGAUGAAAAAUGCUUAAAAAAAAUAAACAAAAAAAUAAAAGACUAUAAUAUUAAACAGUUAUUCAGCUGUUGAGAGGUGAUCUAGCGGUGCAUCUAUGAGGGCCAGGCUCACACUUAACCCCCCCAAACCCCCCUUCCCCAAGAAGUCUCCACCGCCGUCCCUCGCCAUGACCAAGAUGGAGGAUUUGAAGACAUUAUAAGCUAUUUAAGAGACUACAUAGCGAUUAUGUAAAGAAAAAAAAAACAAAAAAAAGACAGUUUCUUUGUUUCUCUGUGCUAUCGUAGUUUGGAAAAUCGAGAAAAAGAAAAAAAAGACACAAACGAAUCAGAACAUGAACAAAACAAAGCAAAUGAACUUUCCACAGUGCCACCAUGGGUUUGUGAGUUUUACAGGAAGCCAGCACAGUCCACUGAGCGGGAAAAAGCAUCAUGUUCAAAAUCCAAGCAGCCCCCCGUUUGGUCCUCAAACUCGUUUGGGAAAAUCAUUUCUUUCUAAUUUGUAAAAGCGGAGGGCCAGCUUGUAUUCAAACUGAUGUUUUUUCUCUCUUUGGAUCAAAUCUUGAAUUGGGAAUUUGGAGGAAAAAACAUGCUGUGUUCAAGGCACCUUUUUUUUUUUUUUUAUUCAGUGAGCACUUGUUUUUGGAUGAUCAAUAACUUUAUCCAACAGUCUCCGUCACAAUGUCGCUCACACUACACACACACACACACACACACUGACUGCCA